UAGACUUGAACCCAUUCAUCUCAUUCAUUCACCUCCUAUUUUCUCUCUUUGGCUUCCCACCCUCCCUGGUCUUCUAAUCUAACCACACCUCCCUAUCUCGUCACAAGCAUCACAGCCCUAUAGAUCGUGAUCCAUAGACACAAUCUCCAGGCAUAGCUUCUAGAACAAAUCUGCAGCUAGUCCGUCCCACACCUCGAUGACGAAGAGCGGGUGUGGGUGUCUCCUUGAUUAUCGUUUCUUAGCAUCCGGGGUCAAACGCCCUGCACCAACAGACAAAAAGCAACCGCAUUGGGACACCUUUCCAGAUUGUAGCAACAAAGUAUUCUUCUACUACUUUGUCUGCAUGGCGAUCUUAUUGUGCAGAUCGAUUCGAAGCUAUUUCAAGAUUCCGGCCAUUAGCUCCCCUGGCCGUGGAUUUCUUUUGCUGGAAAUAUUCCCUCAGCCAGAUCGGACUUGAACUUCGAUGCCUCGUCCGAGAAGGCCCGGGGCCCCGGAGCCGAAACGAAGAUCGCGCAAGGGCUGCUGGCCUUGUAAAGCACGCAAGGUGAAAUGUGGAGAGGAGAAACCGUCGUGUGUCAAUUGCCAACGUCAAAAUGAACUGUGUGACUAUCGCAUCCGACUGACCUGGGGAGGCAGAACCAGAAGAAAGUCGUCGGUAGAUUCUCCGGUAUCGCAUGCAAGCAGUCCCUCGGGGACCUUUGGCUCAUAUUCCCUCUCUCCGGCAAAUACCUAUCAAUCCGACUAUCUGUCAUCCUCACAGUCAGUCAAAGCCACAUCUCCAGAGUCCGAGAACACAGCACAAUGUCCAGCCACAGAGGAACUGCAAUGGGAUGUCGAGCUUGCAGGAGAGAUGGCGAUAGAGACUCCGACCGCUUAUUCUAGAGGGCUACAUGAUAUCCAUGAAUCUCCAAUGUUUGGCCAGACUCUUUAUAGUUCCAACCGUACGAAUGGCGAAACUUCUGUAGACAUGAGGGAUUUGUCACCUCGAGAGGAGGGGACCACUCCAUGGCCAGACCUGCCCAGAAAUACCGCGGCCGCCUUUUCUGCCUCUGCUCCCACUUCCUUCGGCGCUAUUACCUCUCAUCCAUCUCCGGUCGACACCAACUCCAGCAUCAACAUCGGGUCUUGGGGUCCAUUGAGCUUCACUCCGGUCACCACUUUCUCGCGCCCAAUCUCAUAUCUCAGACACACAUCCGAAUCGCAUCAUGCAGCUUCCACGGAUAACCGCGGGCCUGACCAUGGCGGCGAGCUCACCCACUAUUAUCCCCUCACCACCCGGAGGACAGCACAUGACGAUCAUGUCGUCCAGGAGACAGCGGACCUCGGCAGCCAAAACUCACCUUACAUGGAAGAACCAAGAGCUAUGUCCUUGGAAGGAAGCGAACAAGCCUCAACUCAACAGCCACGGCCGUCUGAUCAUACAGAAAGCUAUCUCACCAAGAUUAUGAAUCGUCAGAUAGCACCGGGCGAUGACUUCGACACCACGCAACUACACGGCACAGGCACAGACUUGCAUAACUACCCUGACAAUUUCAGCCGUGGUAUGCUCGCAGGGGACGGCGUGAGCGCGGAGAGAAAAUGGCAAGCCUAUCUCACGAGCGUCACAGACAAUUAUGGUUUGGAUCGUGGUCGUCCUGAUUUGGACUUAAAUAAGAAUGAUGAUCAUUCCGCAAUCGACAUCAAUUAUGCUCUUGACCUGAUCAACUUCCAGAAAAGUACGCCCUCAGUGCCCGGCUUUCCAAGCGCCAACUUGGGUGCAGACAAAGACACCUUUGAUUGCAGCAAAUACAUGUAUUAUGCUUCGCCUGUCCCAAUCAACAUUCCACGCUAUUUGUCCCCGCUGCCACCCUCGUUGGUAAAGACACCGAUCAACCUGAUGUACUUUCACCAUUUCCUCAACCACACGGCUAAGAUGCUCGUCCCGCAUGAUUGCGACGAUAAUCCAUUCAUCUCCGUACUUCCCACAAUGGCGAUCAGUGAUUCCAAUCUGCUCAACCUGACUUUGGCGUAUUCAGCUAGUCAUCGGGCUAGAUAUUUGGAGCACCCAGAGCCCACCAAUCGAAUUGCGCAUUGGGUGAGCAAUGUCUUUCCAACUCUGCGGUUAGCCCUGGAAAAUCCCCACGAGAAGGUCACCGACAAUCACCUUGCUGCGGCUAUCAUGCUUCUGUCCCUAAAGAUAGUCUCGCCUAGUACAUUUGAAGUUCCAAUCCCAUGGCAGAGUCACCUCAAGCUUGCAAGAGACCUGUUUCUCGCUCGGAAAGAACAGUUGGCCUAUCCUGGCAAUCUCGUGGGUGCAUUCCUGACUCGGUGGUUGAGCUAUCUUGACAUUGUUGGAACACUAUCCUGUCGCCACAGUGAACCGCCUUCCUUCGAUUACGGCUCCAUUUUGAGCGCUUGUAGUAGUGUCGGAGAGUAUGACGAGUUUCACAUCGACUGCUUCACCGGUUUCACACCAAGGACGGGACAAUUCCUCACACAAGUGGGACGGUUGACUCAUCAAUGUGAUAAUGAACGAUUCGACGAACUGGGCGUCUUUAACCCGAAUUGGAAGCCUUCUCCCGCUGCCAUCAUGGCCGGUGAAGGCCUUUUGUCGGAGAUUGAUCUGCUGGAAACACAUGCUCAUGCCAACGGCACACAUUUCCAUCUGGGUAAUAUGGACAGUCUCGCUAUUGACAGGGCGUUUCGCUAUGCCGGACUUUUACAUCUCCAUCGUCGUGUGCUUGAUACGUCACCUUUCUCUGAAAGGGUUAAAAUUGCUUCCGAAGAGCUAAUCAAGGCCAUGGUUGAGAUCAGAAACGGAGCUUCUGCUGAAGUUGGCGCGCUGUUCCCUUUGUUCACAGCUGGGUGUGAGACCAUGGACACUCACCAUAGAGCGGAGAUCCAGGGGCGUUUUGAGAUCUUGGAAAGAACUGGAAUGAAACAGAUUCAAAAUGCACGUAAAUUAAUGCAGCGUUGCUGGGACGAGGACCUUCCGUGGAUUGCCCUGGCAGAAGGGGAAUUCCUUGGGUGAUCUUACAUGUCCUUUGUAUUCUCUUAUCUC